AAGAAACCAAAUUAUUGCAAUCAGUAGAUUUAGCGUGGAUGAUGCAUCUGUCCUCGCAAUCUUGUCGUCUUCUUCAUUGACAAGUUCCAUGUGUAUUGUAUCUCUCCAGGUGUUCUUCUCUCAUAGGAUUUAUUCCUCAUUCCCAACCAUCUUCUUGAUUGUGGUCUAAUCAAUUUUUGGUGUUCUUCUACUUUCUGAUCCAGAUUUUUCACUGCUGUGUAUAGUUUGUCUCAUUCAAUUGCUUGGGUUGUGGUUUAAAUCCCCAAUUUGGUCAUUGUCUUGUGUUUUUCUAUCGUUGACUUCGAGCUUUACAUAGUGAGAUCAAGAUGUCAGGUUUCGCCGGUGGAAAUGUUAAUUCUAGGGUUGUGGAUAUUCUCAGUGGUGUUGUGCCUUUGUUGAAGCUUAUCUGUUUAACCGUGAUUGGUCUGCUUCUUGCUCAUCCCAAGACUCAAUUAGUCCCAAGAGCCACGUUUAGGCUCUUAAGCAAGCUUGUGUUUGCUUUGUUCUUGCCUUGUUUGAUUUUUACUGAGCUUGGAGAAAGCAUUACUCUUGAGAAUAUUGUUCAAUGGUGGUUUAUACCGGUCAACGUGUUACUCAGUGCGGUCAUUGGGUCCUUGAUAGGAUACUUGGUUGUUCUCAUAUGCAGACCUCCUCCAGAGUUUAAUAGAUUCACCAUUGUUAUGACUGCUUUUGGAAAUACUGGGAAUCUUUUGUUAGCUAUUGUUAGCUCGGUGUGUCACACGAAGACGAACCCUUUUGGGCCGAGUUGUAAUUCGAGAGGAGUUUCGUAUGUAUCGUUUGCGCAAUGGGUUGCUGUGAUUCUUGUUUAUACUGUUGUGUAUCAUAUGAUGGAGCCGCCUUUGGAGUACUAUGAGGUUGUUGAGGAAGAAGGGAUUGAGAUAGAGGAAGUCAAUGUGGAUAAUCAUGAUGUUAGUAGGCCACUUCUAGUGGUAGCUGAAUGGCCAGGGAUUGAGGACAAAGAGACCGAACAUUGUAAGACCCCGUUCAUUGCCAGGGUCUUCAACAGCAUAUCAAGUGUCUCCCAGGCUUCUUUGCCUGAAGUUGAUUUCGGGGGAGAAAAUGGAGGAGAGAGUUCCAGUCCUAGAUCUAUUCAAUGCUUGGCUGAGCCGAGAGUAAUGAGGAGAAUGAGAGUUGUGGCUGAACAGACUCCAGUCAAACACAUACUCCAACCUCCAACAAUCGCAUCUCUAUUAGCGAUCAUUAUCGGAUCAGUGCCUCAGCUGAAAAGUGUAGUCUUUGGGUAUGAUGCUCCACUUUCUUUCAUCACAGAUAGUUUGAAUAUAAUGGGAAGCGCAAUGGUUCCCUCUGUGAUGCUUGUCCUUGGUGGUAUGCUCUCUGAAGGACCAAAUGAAUCAACUCUUGGAUUACGUACUACGAUCGGGAUAAGUGUUGCAAGACUCCUGGUUCUUCCUUUAGUGGGAAUAGGGAUUGUGAUGUCAGCUGAUAAACUUGGUCUCAUUUCCUCAGCAGAUCCAAUGUUCAAGUUUGUGCUUCUUCUGCAGUAUUCGACUCCGAGUGCCAUUUUACUUGGAGCCAUCGCGAGUCUAAGGGGUUACGCGGUUAGAGAAGCCUCGGCACUUCUAUUCUGGCAACACAUCUUUGCACUGUUGUCUCUUACGUUCUACAUUGUCAUCUUCUUCAAACUCACGGUUGAGAGUACUGUCCAAGGUAUGCCAUAAAUCUGAAGUAUAAAAAAAAAAAAAAAAUUCAACUUGUUUUGUAAAGAAUGUGAUGUUGUCAAAUACAUUGAAUUUCAAUUGUGUGUGUUGGUGAAUAAUAAACCCAUUUGCUAACU